AGAGGUUCGCGCCUGUGGCAGCGGAUCAAGAGAUUUUUUUUGGGGGUGGGGGGGAUUGUUUUAAUACCACACACUAUAUAUAGCCGAUAGCAAACGAACGAACGAACGUGCAUAAUGAGUAAAAAAGCGGAAGAAGAUAUUGUCCGAAUUGCAAAAAAGAUAGACAAGAUGGUGUCGAAGAAGAACACGGUUGGUGCCUUGGACUUGCUGAAGGAGCUGAAGAGCAUUCCUAUGACCUUGGAGCUUUUGCAGUCUACCAGAAUUGGGAUGUCUGUAAAUGCCAUCAGGAAGCAGAGUAAAGAGGAAGACGUCAUAUCCUUGGCAAAAUCCCUCAUUAAAUCCUGGAAGAAACUCUUGGAUGGACCAACAGUUGAGAAACCUACAGAAGACAAGAAAAAAGAUUCCUUGGCACAAAACAGCCCAAAAGCAAAAGAAGAAAGUUCAGGAAGCAAUUCCAGUAUCUCACAUGAAGCAUUAUAUACUCCAUCACCGUUUCAACUGAAAAGUUAUCCUCAGGCUCCUUUUACCACUGACUCGGUACGGGUCAAGUGUAGAGAAAUGUUAGCUGCUGCAAUGAAAACGGACGGUGACUACAUAGCAAUUGGCUCAGAUUGUGAUGAGCUUGGAGCGCAAAUUGAGGAAAGUGUAUAUCAAGAAUUUAAAAACACAGAUAUGAAAUAUAAAAACAGAAUGAGGAGCAGAAUCGCAAAUUUGAAAGACUCUAAGAACCCUAAUCUGCGAAGAAAUGUCCUUUGUGGAAAUAUUGCACCAGAUAGACUGGCAAAAAUGUCUGCAGAGGAAAUGGCAAGCGAUGAGCUUAAAGAAAUGCGAAAAGCUCUAACCAAAGAAGCCAUCCGAGAACAUCAAAUGGCUAAGACAAGUGGCUCGGAAACUGACCUGUUCAAGUGUGGCAAAUGUAAGAAGAAAAAUUGCUCCUAUACCCAGGUUCAGACUCGCAGUGCUGAUGAACCAAUGACUACAUUUGUCGUAUGCAAUAGCUGCGGAAAUAGAUGGAAGUUCUGUUGAGAUCCUGAAGAAACUCCAGAAGAGACUUUCUUGGACCAACAGUUAAUUAUUUUCAGUUUCUAAUUAGUUGUGCAAAUGAGAUGUUAGAACUUCAACAAGAAUAUUUGUAGAACAAUACAUCCCUGUGACAUUUUUGUAUAAAUCUAAUUUCCUUAACACCAUUUUAUUGUCUCCCCCCCCCUGCAGUACAGUUCACUGAAACAAAAACUUUCACUCAUACAACCAGGCAGCAUCUAAAUGUACAAUUUUUCUUUUCUUUUUAUAUGUAGUUUGACAUUAAAGUUUUAAAACUCC